AUGACGGCGAAGAAGAGCGAAGCUGCAGCUGAGGAAGAUAAAAUUAUAGACACUAAGAGGAAAAGCGGCUCUGUCAAAUCUCAGAAACAGAAACCAGCAGCAAAGGAAGCGAAAUCAGUAGAAAAAGAAGUGAAGAGCUUGAAAGAGGAGGACCUGCUCUUAGAAUCCGGGACCGAUUCCGAGUACGACGGCGACGGCGAUAGUUUGUCUUUGAAUUCCGAUGAUUUCGACUCCGAUUUCUACGAUUCCGAGGACGACGGUUCACAGAGAGAGACAGAGAAUGGAGACGAGGUCCAUGGACAUGAUGGCUCAGAUGGUAAUGUUGACGAUGAUGAUGAGAGUGAACAAGUAGAUAGUGAAAAUGGUGAGGAAGAUGGGAGUGAAGAAGGUUUUGAGCAAGACGAAGCGGUUGAAGAGAGUGAUUCUUCUGAAGAUGAGGUUGCUCCUAGAAAUACAAUUGGGGAUGUUCCCAUAAAGUGGUAUGACGAUGAGAAACAUAUUGGUUAUGACAUUACUGGGAAGAAGAUCACCAAGAAAGAAAAGCAAGACAAGCUCGACUCUUUUCUUGCAACUAUGGAUGACUCCAAGAACUGGCGCAAAAUUUACGAUGACUAUAACGACGAGGAAGUUGAACUUACGAAAGAAGAGAGCAAGCUCAUUCGUAGAAUGCUCAAAGGAGAAGCUCCACAUGCUGACUUUGAUCCAUAUGCGCCUUAUGUCGAUUGGUUCGAUUGGAAAAAAGAGUCAAUACAUCCACUCUCAGGUGCACCGGAGCCCAAGAGAAGGUUCAUUCCUUCAAAAUGGGAAGCCAAGAAGGUUGUCAAGUACGUUAGAGCAAUCCGGAAUGGGACGAUCAAGUUUGAUAAGCCUGAAGAAGAGCCCAACUACUACCUUUUGUGGGGUGAUGAUUCAGCUUCGGAUCUAAGGGGCAAGAACUUGAAUUUUGUUCCCCCACCCAAAGUCAAAUUGCCAGGACACGAGGAGUCGUACAAUCCUUCUCCGGAGUUUAUUCCAACAGCGGAAGAGAAAGCCGCUUAUGAGUUGAUGUACGAGGAAGACCGUCCAAAGUUCAUUCCUAAAAUGUAUACAUCUCUGAGAAGCAUCCCAGCAUAUGAGAACGCACUAAAGGAGUCUUUUGAACGUUGCUUGGAUCUAUACUUAUGUCCCAGAGUUCGAAAGAAGAGGAUAAACAUUGAUCCUGAAUCUUUGAAGCCGAAGCUACCUAGUAGGAAAGAUCUUAGACCUUAUCCAAACUCAUGCUAUCUUGAAUAUAGAGGCCAUACAGGACCUGUUACUUCCUUAUCCACUGAACGUUCUGGCCAGUGGAUUGCCUCAGGUUCGAUGGAUAAAUCUGUUCGUAUAUGGGAAGUGGAAACUGGUAGAUGCCUUAAGGUCUGGGAGUUUGAUGAAGUCGUUACGUGUGUGGCUUGGAAUCCUCUUUCCGACUUUUCAAUUUUAGCCGUCGCCAUGGGACGAGAUUUGGUUCUCCUGAACACUGAACUUGGCACUGAUGAGGAACAAAAGAAAAUUGAAGAUCUGCUUAACGUGAAAGAUCUUCCAGAACUAGUUCCAUCUGUUGCAAAAAUUGUAACCUGGCGUCAAGAUGAGAAACAUGGAGGAGUUAAGAUCACACAUUUCAAGACCAUAACAUAUAUCGACUGGCAUUCAAAAGGAGACUAUCUCUCAACAGUGAUGGCGUCCGGAGAAACUCGAGGUGUUGUAGUGCACCAACUUACAAAGAGAGACACACAGAAGCUCCCACUAAAGAUCCGGGGACUUCCAGUCCGUACGCUAUUUCAUCCCACACAACGUGGUAUCUUCUUGAUCGCGACGAAGAAGAACAUUCGCGUUUACGAUCUCCGCAAGAGAGAGGGUCCUAUCAAGAAGCUCGAGACUGGACUAAGAGAGAUCUCGUCAAUGGCGAUCCAUCCCGGUGGUGAUAAUCUGAUAGUAGGAAGCAAAGAAGGAAAGAUGUGUUGGUUUGACUUGGAUCUGUCUUCUAGACCGUACAAGACUCUCAAGAACCAUCCUAAAGACAUUACCAAUGUGGCGUUUCACAGAUCGUAUCCGCUGUUUGCUUCGUGCUCGGAGGAUUCAACGGCUUAUGUGUUCCAUGGGAAGGUGUUUAAUGAUAUGAACGAGAAUCCUCUGAUUGUGCCGUUGGAGAUUCUAAGAGGCCAUUCUUCUUCAAAAGGACAAGGAGUUUUGGACUGCAAGUUUCAUCCGAGACAACCAUGGCUUUUCACUGCUGGGGCUGACUCAAUUAUCAAACUCUAUUGCCAUUAA